UAUUUAAGUAGCUGCUGCUGUAGCUGGAUAUAGGACAACGUAUCUAACCAGAAUAACAAAACGUUUCAACACGAGAAGUAUACAUACCGGAACAAAAUAUUUAUUGAAUAAAUAUAUAUUGAAAUAUAUAACAAAGUCGGUGUGAAUAAAAAGUAAAUAGAAAAUAUGAACAAGGAAGAAGAAUAUACAUCGGAAAGCGAAAACGACGAAGAUUAUUGCAUUGACGGUGAAAAUGUUGACUCGGGAAGCGACGAUGAUAGCAUCAAUAAUGACGCUGAUUCCGAAAACUACGAUUCUGACGAUAAACCUUCCAAAUCCACCAAGAAUCAGAAAAAACAUAUUUCCUCUAAUGUCUAUGAAUCUGAAAGUUCCAUACCUCGCAAAACAAGACAAGCAGACAGGAACAAAAAUGAUCGCAUAAAUAUGGAAAAAGACGAGCUGGAGUCAGAUGAGGAAACAGAUAAAUCGCGUUCCAAUGCGCUCUGGGCCGACUUUUUAAGCGACGUUGGGACAGAGAAACAAAUUCAACAUAAGACGAAAUCUGUGGAGACACCAGUAGAACCCACAGACGACACCAAGAUUGCUUCAAAGAAACUUACCCCAGCAAUUAUCCCUCGAGAAGACACUUCUAAAUGUUUAAAUACGAUUUUCGAUGUAGAAAAAAGUAAGGACUCCACCAAUGCAAAGGAAAACCAACAGCAACCUGUAGCCACCAGUUCGAAAUGCUUCUCUCGUGUAUCCAAAAGACCGCAAAUUGGAAGUGGAGUUGGCUCUUUUCUAAAUCAACUGGGGAAAAAAAAGAAAUUGUCUGUGCUGGAAAAGUCGCAAAUGGAUUGGAAAACUUUUAAAACAGACGAAGGUAUUAAUGAGCAGCUGAGCACUCACAAUAAAGGCAAGGAUGGUUAUUUAGAACGGCAGGACUUUUUACAGAGAACCGAUUUGCGACAAUUUGAAAUUGAGAAAAACUUACGUCAAACGCGCCGGCAAAACUAAGUCCUGUCUCGGCUAUACUCAUUCCCUUUUAUGGAAUUUUCAAAUAAAAAUCCAUAUACCGAUUACAUUCUAAAUUUAAGUGAAAUAAUAUUCAAUCCAAAUAGAACGUUUUGAGAUACAUAUAUUAUUUAAGUCUACGUAAACUACUUUGAAUUUUGCAAGCACGGUAGCCACAUCGAAAAAUCAGAAUUCGCCAACAAAAUUUAAAAACAUCGCCUACUUUAUUAAGAAAUCCGAAAAAUUAUUAAUGGUUCAUAAAUUUAUAUAUUUCUCUAACUAACACUGCCUGUUUUUCCCAUUAGAUCUGCAUCUGGUCUCACAAAUCUUUUAGUUAGUUACACUUAAGUCUAGUAGAACCAAAGUAGUAGACCUAUGGUAAAAAUAUCGACAAUUUCAAUAAAAUAAAAAAAAAUUUAGGCGAAAAAUCGCCAAGUGUUGCAACCGUGAUUGUAAUGUAUAA